UCAAAGGAUCAAACUCAAACGCUACUUCCAAAAGAGAGCAAAAAAAAAUUAUAAAUCUCUCACCAUGAUAGCUUACUUAGAACACUUCGUGCACGGAAAUGACACGGAAUCCAUGCCUAACGACGACGUUUUGGGCGUCGAAGGUUCGUUCCACUUCGGCGCCACCGCCGCCGGCUGCAAGGACUUCGGCGGGAUGAAAUCCGCGAAGCCGUUGGCGGUCAUACGCCCCGCCGAUGCCGCUGACGUGGCGAGGGCGGUGAAGGCCGCAGCGCGCACGGCGAAUCUCACGGUGGCAGCGCGCGGCAACGGACACUCCAUCAACGGUCAGGCCAUGGCAGAGAACGGGCUGGUCCUCGACAUGCGCGCCAUGGAGGACCGCUUCACGCUCCUUUCCCUCGACGACGGCUCCCUACACGUCGACGUCUCGGGAGGGGCAUUAUGGGAAGAGGUUCUUAAACGCUGCGUUUCUGAGUUCCGUCUCGCGCCACGCUCGUGGACGGAUUACCUUGGGUUGACCGUCGGCGGCACACUCUCCAACGCUGGCGUCAGCGGCCAGUCCUUCCGUUACGGCCCGCAGACCUCCAACGUAACGGAAUUGGAAGUCGUCACCGGAAAAGGCGAAACCUUAGUCUGCUCCGAAACUCAAAAUUCAGAACUUUUUUUCGCAACUCUCGGAGGGCUGGGCCAGUUCGGUAUCAUAACCCGAGCCCGGGUCCCAGUUCAACCAGCCCCCGACAUGGUGAGAUGGAUAAGAGUGGUGUACUCGGAAUUUGAAGAUUACACUAGAGACGCAGAGUGGCUGGUGACUAGAGAAGGUUACGGUUUUGACUACGUGGAAGGUUUCGUUUUUGUGAACAGUGACGACCCUUGCAACGGCUGGCCCACGGUACCCACGGGCCCAAACCAACGGUUCGACCCGGCUCGCCUCCCGUCGACGGCGGGUCCGGUUCUGUAUUGUUUAGAACUGGCGCUUCAUUACCGUAACGAAGACCACCCUUCCGCUGUUAAUAUGGAGGUGGAUAGAUUACUUGGACGACUCCGAUUCGUCGAGGGUCUAAAGUUCUCGCUGGAUGUGACCUACAUGGAAUUCCUGCUGCGUGUGAAUCGUGUGGAGGAAGAUGCAAGAGCCAACGGCAUCUGGGACGCACCCCACCCUUGGCUGAACCUGUUCGUCUCCAAGUCCCACAUCGCUGAAUUCGACCGUGAAGUGUUCAAGAAAAUCCUCAAGCACGGUGUUGGUGGCCCCAUUCUAGUCUACCCCCUGCUGCGAUCCAAGUGGGAUGCUCGACACUCGGUAGUGGUGCCGGAUAGCAACAUUUUCUACAUUAUAGCCUUGCUCCGAUUUAUUCCACCACCACCAAAGGGACCACCCACUGAACUCUUGGUGGAACAAAACCAUGAGAUUAUUCAGCUCUGCUGCAACAGAGGCUUUGAUUUCAAGCUCUAUCUCCCUCACUACCAGUCACAGGAGAACUGGAUGCGACACUACGGAGACAAAUGGACCACAUUCCUCGAGAGAAAGGCCAAUUUUGAUCCCUUCGCUCUUCUUGCACCUGGACAGAAAAUUUUUUCCCGAAUCCCUCAACCCUUGCCCAUCACAUAAAUAAAUAAUUAAUUAAAUAAAUAAACACUCUUAAUUAAUAUAUUGUUUUUCUUUCUCUCAACAACCCAUUGUCAUCAUUUUCUCUUCAUUCCAUUUUUGUUUCUUUUUCCCCUCCCUCCCCCCUCCUUUUUCUUCUGUCACACCGUUGUACCCAUAUUGUAAAUCAACAUUUUGGGGGUGAAAUUAAUGUGAAUCUCGAUCCUUUUCUGCUGUUAA